AUGGAGAGUCAACUAGAUCUCUAUGGUUCUGAAUUACUGAAUAGCAUAAAUGGUUCUGGUUUGCCUCCACAUAAAUUAAUACUCAAGGUUGGUGUUCCAGUGAUGUUACUGAGGAAUAUUGACCAAUCCAAUGGUCUUUGUAAUGGUACAAGGCUACAAGUUAGGAAUCUUAGAAAUCAUGUCAUAGAAUGUGAAGUCUUAACGGGUAACAAUGUUGGUCAUAUUGCUUUGAUUCCAAGAAUGAAUAUGGUACCAACAAAUGAAACCGUCCCAGUUAGAUUCCAACGAAGACAGUUUCCCAUAAUAGUAUCAUUUGCCAUGACAAUUAAUAAGUCUUAG